UCAAGAAAGACAAAUGCUUCUUUCAUGCUAAGAGAGAUUACUGUUUGAUAAAAUCCCUUGGACGUGGCAAACGGAAAUAAUUAUUGGCAAAAAGUCAUUACCAAGAGUUAUAACCGCCUAAGCAUUUCAUAUAGUAUAGCCUCAGGAGAUGCUAGAAGUCAUUUAAAUGGUCGGAUCAAGAGAAUCUCACUCAGUGAGUUGCGGACUCUUGAAGGCCUCUGUAACCACCAGGAAACCUUUUGUCAUAAAACAGAAACGGAAAGUACUUCGUGUAUCGUAGAUAUAGGAAAAAGUGGAAAACAAAGUAAAAUCACUAGUGGCACCUACAGUGAAAUAACAAAUGAAAAUACAUUUUCAUCGCCACCUGCUGAGAAAACAACGCUAUACAGAGGGCUGUUUUCACAUUUUGAACAAUUUCUGCCCCAUCACGUACAGCUUAUAGAGAAGCACGUGAGGUAAUUCAACUCGUGAACCUGCUUCAUGACCACAGCGGAGUGUUUUUUACAUCAGCCACUGAAUAUCUUUCACUCAAACAUGUGAUCUUCAAAACAAGACAAAUCUUCAAAAGAUCUCGAAAUUAAAACUCUUCUGAACAAGAAUGUCCGACUUCAAAAACAAGAGUAAAGAUAUGGACCCUGAAGAAGCCUUCAGUACGCCUAUUUAUUACGUCAUUGCAGCAGUUUAUGCCGUUUUAACUGUGACAGCAUUCAGUCUGAACACACUUGUCAUUUGGGCAUUUGUCAAAGACCGCACACUGCGCACGCGCUCUAACAGAUUGAUUCUUAGUAUAGCCGUUGGUGAUUGGCUACACGCAGUAUUGGCAUAUCCCUUUGGAGUUGUAAGAAAUGCAUCACAAAGUUGGCGCAUGAGCGGUGGAGCCUGUACGUGGUAUGCCUUUGUUACGUCUUUCCUUUCGUUUGGCAUAAUGCUGCACUAUGCUACAUUUUCCAUCGAGCGUGCGAUCACUAUAAACUUCUCAGUAGCCUUGUUUUUUAUGGAGAGAAAGCUUGAUCUCGUCAUUGGCGGACUUUGGCUGUUUGCCUUUCUUUGGAGUUUAUUUCCACUGUUCGGUUGGUCAGCGUACGCUCCUGAAGGCGCAGGCGUGUGUUGCUCAAUUCGCUGGCAAUCUUCUAAUCCACUAGAUAUUACAUUUGUGGCUUGUAUUUUCUUAUUCUUCUUUUUUGGACCAAUCGUUACCAUGGCUAUUGCGUACUAUUCGAUUUACAGCAACAUGAGGAAAAUAACUCUAAAUGCGCAUGGAUUGUGGGGAGAGAACGCUGCACCCACAAAGGAAGCCAUCCAAGCCGAGAGUAAAAUCGCGCGCAUGGCAUUUGUAAUGUCGAUCUCUUUCUUAUUUGCAUGGACGCCUUACGCUGUAUUAUCUCUGUAUGCUAUUAUAAACAAACCCGAGGACAUCACACCACUGGUAGCCACGCUUCCCUCCUUAUUUGCCAAAACAGCAGCUUGCUAUAAUCCAGUCAUUUACUUUUUGUCCUACAAGAAAUUCAGGGAGAGCCUGGGGCAGACGCUGAGACGCGAACGAAAGGCCAGUGCUGAAAGUAGAAUAUGACAACAGAAAUUUACCAAGUUUGCAUUGUACAAUACUAUUAGUAUGCAUUUUAUCGAUACUGUUCUCUGAACAUUUCCUAUGAUACUGAAAAGGAGAAUUCGUCAAAUAAUAAUAAGCUUCUUAAGUUUAUGAUCAUUUCCUUUAUUCUCACGACCUUAGAGUUUGAUUCUGGUCUGAUACUGUGAGGAGAAAUUAGAUGUAAAUCACUCUUUGGGUUGAAAAGUUUCCAUGAUCGAGAGUAAAGGCGUCUGUUGUUUAUACUAGUAGACUGUAAGCACCCAGGAAAAAUUGUAGCAUCAGCCAUUGUUUAAAGCCUAGCACUCUACAAAAUUCUCCCGACGUUUCCCUCAGCUCACCCUUCCCCUCUAGAGUCCUCUCCCGGCUUUGCAAGAAUUUCCAUAAAAGGAAUAACACUGAUUUCAUGUAUGGCUUAGUAUUUUUCAUACUGCUGAGAUCUCUAUACGUAUAAAUUACUAAUCACGUAGGGACAUGUAAUUAGUGACUUUUCCUCUCACUGUCCAUACAGCAUUCAACAGUAAGGUGAGGAGAGUCGACUAUACCAUGUCAUCACCCUUGGAGUAUUUUCUUUGUAAAACAAUAAAGUAUCUUUGUGAACUGAUACGCUGGGAAAUCAGAAGCAGC